AUGAUCAUAAUACAGAAAUUGUUUAACAUGAAGCCCGGCAGGGUUACCCGCAGUCCUUUCUUUAAUUUCAUGCGGGACUACCGUCGUAUGAACAAAGGUAAGGCAACAGAAAUGGUGAAAAAAGGCGCUGGAGUGUGGAGAAAUCUGGACUAUACAAAAAAGCAGCCUUACAUUGAUCAAGCAAAACAUGCCAGACGAUUACCAAAGGACAAGAAAAAAGGGGCUAGUUUGAAAAAAUCGAAAACCUUUAAAAAAUCGAGUGUUAGUUUAAAAAAGUCGAGUGUUAGUUUAAAAAAGUCGAAGAAUUCGGUGGGAAGUAAACGGAGCAAAAGUAAUGGGGGGCAGAGGAAAGAAGAGUAA